CGCUCACUCUCCCUUCUCCGCCAUACCCCCCUCCAACACUCUACUUCCACUCGCCAUCACGUCUGAACAGUUGCUUGCCAUCCUCGACAUUACCAAACAUCUCACUCCCUUCUAUCCUCCGACUACUCUCACAUCCACCCUCUUAGCCACUGUUUCUGCGACCCGUCGGCCCUUCCGAGGCCUGGACUCCCUGCGUGCGCGCGCGCUACCUUCCCCACCUUCGCACAACACUCUGGCCGCUAGCCAGUCCCGCCAUGACUACGAACGACUCGCACAAACAGCAGACCUCACCGUCUCCAGACUCUGUCGACCACAACACGCUCGACUCGUCUAGUCCUCCCAUCUCCACCUCCAUCACACUUUUUGAUCACAACGGCAGCGAUACCCACAUGGACGAGCCUAACGACGACAGCAUGCGACGGCCGGGCAUCGACGGCAUCGACACGUCUGUGGCUGAUUGGGAUGACUUGGAGGUUGAAGUGCACAACUCUGACACAUCCGACAUCGAGUCACUCGAGGAAGACGCCGAUGACUUCUACGAUCACGUCAUCGACGAAAGCUUUGGCGAUGAGCAGAGUGUCAAUGACGGGCAGGAUGUCGACGACGGCCGGGUAGGGCUGGCGUCUUUAACACUCGACGUAACGCCGCCUUCACCACGUCCCGAGUCCACUGACCGCUUCGAUGAGGCCCUGCCAAUGGACUCUCCCACGCCGACUACACCACGCCCCCGUCAUCGGAAAAUCCUCCCUGCGACGUAUCGUCCUAGCUUUCCUAGCGAUGCCGAGAGUCAGAUAGGUUUGGGUUUGGGGUUACGGCCAGGAAGUUCGGCUCAAUCGGGUCCAUUGAGAGGCUCGCCGGCCUCGGAGCAUGGGGGAUGGCCAUCGUCAUCCAGCGCGUCCCUGUCCCAGCCCAGGCUUCACAGUUCCGAAGAGCUCGUUUGGGGCCCCGUAAAACGCAGGACCAACUGGAUCUCCUCAGCCCCGAUGAGGCGCGACUCGCAAAGCCCAGCAAUCGAGCGCGAUGAGCCCAAGCCUGACGAGAGCGAUAAUCCUUCGGCACCGACCCUCGUCCUGACCCCUCCCGAGAUGGGAGACAUGCACAUGGCGCCUAUUCGCCUCGACCCGGACCAGGAGCACAAUUGGCACCGGAGGAUGCAGCUGAAGGACAAUUGGAAGGGCAAGGACUCGUUUUUGGAGCUUGUGGCCAGCCUUGCGGUGCUGGCGCGACCCCCACACCUCCGCGGCCAGGCGGCUGCCUUCAUUGCACAAGCAGCACUACGCACGCUCGGAGGAGACGACUACUGGGCGAAAGGUGUCACCAAGGCUGCGCUAUUUCGUCACGUCACAUUCGACGCCAACACUUCCAGCUUCCUCCUCGAGGCUCUCAUGAUGCGGCAGGAGGGCGAGGGAGGCCUUGUGGAACUCCGACAGGACGUCCUAAAGUAUGCGCGACGCCUCCAUGUCGAUAUGAUCCCGGACACUCGCGGGGCGGCCUUUCUGGAUCCGAUCGUGUCGCGGAAGUUCACCGAUGCUGGGUCGAUCUCGAUCAGCUCAGGCGCCAGCGAGGACAUUGCGAUAAGCACGCUGCGCGCUCGCGCGCUACGCGACUUGGCCCAUCCAGAGGAGGUGUGCGUCGACGCCCGGCCGGACGGGUGCGGCGUCAGCCUAGCACUCGGCCUCAUCGUGUUUCCCGGCUGGCCCUCUCUUAGCAACGUGACAAUCCACAACGCACACCAUAUCCUCGCUCCCGGCGCCAGUCGCUCGCAUCUCUUCGUUGGGAAGGCCGAGUACGACCUCGCGUUCGGCCCCGAUGCAAACGACACGACCUGGAACUGCAUGGUAGAGACUCUCCGCGACCUCCUCGGGGUAUUUGAGGACCGCGAGGUCGGCACGAUCCGCGUCGUGGUUCCCUUCGACAAGCACGGCACGCUCCCUAUUCCUCGCGCGGCGGACGUACCGCCCAAGGUGCCCCUUACGCCCUCGAAGCAGCUGCCCGCGCGCAACGCCGAGAAGGCCAAGGCCACACCCAAACCCAGGUGCGACGACUUGCUCACUACCGUGCGCAGGCUCAUCCUGGGCGAGAGGGGCACCCAGUUCAACAUCAACUUCUACACCGUCGAACUAUAUCCUCGUUGCUGCUCCAUUUGCGACAUGCCGUGGCGGGACAGGCCCGCCACGCCACCCUGGCCGACCAAACUCCCAUGACCGACACAAUUUGUAGCUUUGUACGAGAUACUAUGCUGAAUCAUGUUUCUAUACAUGCAAAAUGAGCACAAGAGCCAAAUAGUGUGUGUGUAUUGUGAC